GCCCCAGGGCGAGCUGCGUGGCCAUGGACGUGGGCGCCGCCGAGUUCGAGGAGAGCCUCCCUCUGCUGCAGGAGCUCCUUUCGGAUGCCGACUUUGUGGGUCUGGACAUAGAGUUUACUGGUCUUCGUUCUAACCUGUCUGGGCCCCAGCAGAUCAGUCUUUUUGAUUUGCCAUCGGAAUGGUAUCUGAAGACUCGUCAGAGUGUUCAACAAUUUACAGUCUGUCAGAUCGGGUUGUCUGUGUUUACCACUGUUGAAGGAGAGAUAAACAAGUAUGUAGCCCAUUCAUGUAACUUCUUUCUCUUCCCUACAACGUUUGGGAUUUUGGAUUCCGAAUUCUCUUUCCAGGCUUCUAGUGUUCAGUUUUUGAAUCAAUAUGGCUUCAACUAUAACAAGUUUCUCAAAAAUGGAAUUUCAUAUAUGAAUGAAGAACAGGAGAAGAAAAUUAGACACGAGAUCCUGAGUGGGAACUGGAGAAUGCGCAGCUCUCUGGAUAAAGAUCAAAUCAAGGUGGUGAUUGACGAAGUGACGCGGUGGCUGUACCUGGCUGAAGAAGGCGGCUGGAUGGCUCUUCCUGGAAUCACUGGGUUCCGGGCCUUCGAGGUCCAGCUGGUGCUGAGGCAGGCCCUCCCCAACAUCUGGACGGUGCAGAAAGAUGAAGGGGUGAUCGUGAAGAAAGUGAGUAAACAGCACCGCUGGUAUCUUGAGAAUACUUCUUGUGAUCGAGACAGUUAUUGGAAGGAAAAUAUUCUUCUCUCUGUGAAAGGUUUUUCCGUUUUUUUCCAAAUGCUGGUGAAAGCUGGGAAGCCCUUGGUGGGACAUAAUAUGAUGUUGGAUCUGCUGCAUCUCCAUGAGAAGUUCUUCAGACCUCUCCCAGAAAGCUAUGAUCAGUUUAAGCAGAAUAUCCACAGCCUGUUUCCUGUGCUCAUUGACACCAAGAACGUAACAAAGGAUAUCUGGAAGGAGAUGAAUUUCCCAAGGGUCUCAAAUCUCUCAGAAGUGUAUGAUAUACUGAACAGUGACUUGAAUCCCACCAAGAAUUCCGGACCAGAGAUUGUUCAUGCAAGCAGGUGUGAAAAAUACGUGGAGACAAAGUACCCCCAUGAAGCUGCGUAUGAUGCUUUUCUUUGCGGGUCAGUUCUCUUGAAAGUGGCACACUUGCUCCUGCAGAAGGUACACAGCAUUGACCCCACGCCCAAGUCCUCCUUUCCUCAGUACCUUGAUGUGCUGGCUCCUUAUGUGAACCAAGUGAACCUUAUCCGAGCAGGGGUCCCCAAAAUCAACUUUUCUGGUCCGGAUUAUCCCAGUGUCCGACCUCCCAUCCUCAUCCUCAGCGUCAGACAGUGGCCCGGGGUCAGUGAGCAGCAGGUCUACCACAAGUUUCAGAACCUCUGCAAGUUUGACGUCAGGCGGCUCACACGGAGCCAGUUCCUGCUCCUGACCAAUAAGUUUAAGGACGUCCGGAUUAUCCUGAAGGAGUACAGGGGCCAUCCCACCCUGCGGGUCUCCCUGUAUCGGCAUUGGAGACAUUCCCCAAACAUCAGCUGCUUGUUGCAAGUCUGUGGCGUGGUUACUGCCUGGGCCCUUCUCGCGUUUCUCCUUGGACGAUCAGGCCCCUGAAUGCGCAGGGCCUCCUAAAGCCGCCCUCCCACCUCCACACGCCCUGGGACAGCCACUGGGUUUGUUUGUGUCAAUCAUAUUCUGUUUGCAGAUGAAUGUGUCUCAUCCUUCCCAGAAAUUCAUUUGUGUUUCAAUGUGAAAUUCUGUAAACACUAUCAGUGAUAAAGAAAUCCUUGGAUGUAGU